GUUUUCUAGUAAAUUCAGCCCGUGUUUUCCGGCUGGGCCCUGUGUUGUCACCAUAAGUUUAAACUUUGAACUGAUCAACCCAGCAAUCAGAAAAAAAUUUUAACUUCCUCACUGAUGAUGUCUUGAUGCUUGUUUUUGUUUCCACAUUAAACAAUUCCUUGCUUACUUUUUUGACCCCCACAAAUAGAAAAGGAUAUGAGGAGGAACUUUUUAGGUGUAGAAAAAAAAAUUUUUUCUUACAUGAUUGUUUUGACAGCUUGUGGUCCAACCCACAUGACUGGGAGAUCUGUCCAGGAUGGUCUCCCCAGCACAAGCACAAGCGCAAGAGGAUCAGAAGAUGAUAUGCCUCUAAAUGGCAGCAAUUCUUCAUUCAGUAAAAGUGAACCAGAUGAAUGUAACAUAGUGGAGGAUGAAAGGCCAGGCGUUGAGGCUAACAAGAAGAUCAACAAAGAGGGCAGUGGAAUGAAUCAGAUGGAUAAUGCCGUAGCAGACCUAAAAAGUGCCAACGAUAAUGAUUCAAAUGCAGAUCAGGCUAAAGUGACUGCCACUGGGCGAUCUUUUAAAGUCGCAGACAUUCCAAUUAAAGUGAAGAGUAAAAUCUGUCUUAAACUUAAUGUAGAAGAUAAUUAUUAUUUUAAUGAUUAUCGCUUACUUGGAGAGAAAAUGGGAUUUGAUCAAGAUGUAAUAAAAAAUUUAAAACGGUCAGCAAAUCCUACCCAUGAUCUUCUUGACAUGUGGUCUGUUAAGCGUGAGGCAACUGUGGAGAAGCUCAUAGAGUUUCUUAGAGAGGAUGAUAUGGAUAGAGAUGAUGUUGCAACCAUUCUUGAAGACUGGUUGAAAAAAGAGAUUUCAAAUACUUGAGGUAUUGACAAAUUUUAUUAUUUUUGCUUAGGGGUUUUUGUUUUUCUCUAAGAAAAAGCUAUGUUCAUUUAAUAGUGUUUUACAUUACGUUAAAAUAGAUAUUAAAAUCCUUUUUGUUUUUAUUUGUCAA